AAAGGAUACUCGUGAUGAAGAGCUCUUAUAUUUCACGAGCUUCAUAUUCCUCAGACAUCAACAAACGCUUACCUAGUUCACAUUUGAAUUCUUCCUCAACACCUUCAAAUACCCCUCCAAUUCCACCACAAAAUCAUGCAACCUACAACACAUUCUUCUACUACUACAACAACAAAAACCAAUGGAAUCCAAAUUUCAACUCUUUUUCCUCACCCUUUUCCUCCUCAUUCUCAACAUCCAUGCACAGACUCUUGGAACUUAUAUUGUUCAAUUACACCCUCAUGGCACAACCAAGUCUUUGUUCACCUCCAAUCUUGAAUGGCACCUUUCAUUUAUACAACAAACCAUUUCAUCUGAUGAAGACCCUUCUUCUCGCCUUCUCUACUCUUACCGUUCCGCAAUGGACGGUUUCGCAGCUCAGUUAACUGAGUAUGAGCUCGAGUACCUACAAAAGAAUCCUGAUGUUAUCUCAAUUAGGCCUGAUAGGCUACUCCAAAUUCAAACCACAUAUUCUUACAAGUUCUUAGGACUCAACCCUGCAAAACAAAAUGGUUGGUAUCAAUCAGGUUUUGGCCGUGGAACGAUAAUCGGGGUGCUUGAUACCGGUGUUUGGCCAGAGAGUCCUAGCUUCAAUGAUCAUGAUAUGCCUCCAGUUCCCAAGAAAUGGAAGGGUAUAUGUCAAACAGGGCAGGCCUUUAACUCUUCCAAUUGUAACAGAAAACUCAUUGGCGCAAGGUACUUCACCAAAGGCCAUUUGGCAAUAUCACCUUCAAGAAUUCCAGAAUAUCUCUCUCCAAGAGACUCCUCUGGACAUGGAACACACACUUCAUCCACUGCUGGUGGAGUUCCGGUGCCAAUGGCGAGUGUAUUUGGUUAUGCAAAUGGCGUGGCAAGAGGUAUGGCUCCCGGUGCUCACAUUGCAGUGUACAAAGUGUGCUGGUUCAAUGGCUGUUAUAACUCUGACAUCAUGGCUGCAAUGGAUGUGGCAAUCAGAGAUGGUGUGGACGUUCUAUCCUUGUCUCUAGGUGGUUUCCCGGUGCCACUAUAUGAUGAUAGUAUUGCCAUUGGAAGCUUUCGAGCAAUGGAGAAAGGGAUUUCAGUUAUAUGUGCGGCAGGAAACAAUGGCCCAAUGGCGAUGUCUGUUGCCAAUGAUGCUCCUUGGAUUGCAACUAUUGGAGCAAGCACACUUGACAGAAAAUUCCCAGCUAUAGUUCGCAUGGGUAAUGGACAAGUUCUCUAUGGAGAAUCCAUGUAUCCGGUGAACAGAAUAGCAAGCAAUAGCAAAGAACUUGAGCUGGUUUACCUCUCUGGUGGGGAUAGUGAGAGUCAAUUUUGCCUCAAAGGGUCUCUUCCAAAGGACAAAGUUCAAGGAAAAAUGGUGGUAUGUGAUCGAGGUGUCAACGGAAGAUCAGAAAAGGGUCAAGCUGUGAAGGAAGCAGGUGGUGCUGCUAUGAUCUUGGCAAACACAGAGCUAAACUUGGAAGAAGAUUCGGUUGAUGUUCAUCUCUUACCUGCAACAUUGGUAGGAUUUGAUGAAUCAGUCACCUUGAAAACUUACAUAAACUCCACAACAAGGCCACUUGCUAGGAUUGAAUUUGGAGGAACUGUAACUGGGAAGUCUAGAGCACCAGCAGUAGCAGUAUUCUCAGCUAGAGGACCAAGUUUCACAAACCCUUCAAUCCUUAAACCAGAUGUUAUAGCUCCAGGAGUCAACAUCAUUGCUGCAUGGCCUCAGAACCUUGGUCCUACUGGCCUACCAGAUGACACUAGAAGAGUAAACUUCUCUGUCAUGUCAGGUACCUCAAUGUCAUGUCCUCAUGUUAGCGGUAUCGCAGCUCUUAUUCAUUCCGCUCAUAAAAAAUGGAGCCCUGCCGCCAUCAAAUCAGCAAUCAUGACAACAGCAGAUGUAACCGACCAUACAGGAAGACCAAUACUCGAUGGAGACAAACCAGCUACCGCUUUCGCCACGGGAGCUGGAAAUGUGAAUCCACAAAGAGCGUUGAAUCCCGGACUGAUAUACGAUAUCAAACCAGAUGAUUAUGUCAACCACCUUUGCAGCAUUGGUUAUACGAAAUCAGAAAUAUUCAGUAUCACACACAAAAACAUUAGCUGCCAUACAAUCAUGCGGAUGAAUAGAGGAUUCAGCCUUAACUAUCCCUCAAUCUCAGUGAUCUUUAAAGAUGGAAUAAGGCGAAAGAUGUUCAGCAGGAGGGUAACAAAUGUGGGAAAUCCUAACUCCAUCUACUCAGUGGAGGUUGUGGCACCUCAAGGAGUAAAAGUGAUAGUGAAACCCAAAAAACUUAUAUUCAAAAAAAUUAACCAAAGCUUGAGUUACAGGGUUUAUUUCAUAUCAAGAAAAAGGGUGAAAAAAGGUUCUGAUACAAUGAACUUUGCAGAAGGACAUUUGACAUGGAUAAACUCACAGAAUGGUUCUUACAGAGUUAGAAGCCCAAUAGCAGUGAGUUGGAAUUCUAAGUAGUAUAGUAAACUACAACCAUUAUUACUAAGUUUGUUUUAGAAAGCUUAAUUAUUUUCAUUGUUGCAUUAGUUUCAUUGCUUUAUUUAUGUCUAGGAGCAGAGUUUAUGCUAAACUUUGCUUUAGGAGUUUUAGUAGACAAAUCUUAAAAAUAAAUCCAUUUAUAAAGGUUAAAUGAUUGGUCCCGCCAAUCUUUACUGAAAUAAUUCUCUUCUUUA